AUGAUGCAGCUCAUGGACGACGUCGAGCCAACGACGAUAACCAAAGGCACUGUAGGGGAGGUAACCCCUAGUAGUCACUUUAGCCAAAUAUUUCCUCAACCUCUUGAUGUGCUUGGUGGGGAAAAUGGUGGUUGUGGAGAGAUUACAUCAGCGUGUUCCUGGAAUUCCUUCGCUGAUGGAAAGUUUCGUGAAGAACACAAUAAAUCUUGUGUGGUUCUUGAAAUUCCGAAGCAUGUUAGACCCACUGGUAUCAGAAAGAUUACAUUUAAAUUCAGUAAACCGAAAGACGAAUGUGAUUCUGACCUAUCUGUUAAGCCCUUGGCUGAUGACAAAUUUAAUGAGGACCUUUAUGAUAAUCAAAUAUCCCUAUCUGCUGCUGAUGGUUUCCAUUGCUUCCAAAAUGAUGACUGGAUUGCUUUGGAGAACUCAAAGGUAAAAUUAGGCAUAGUUGAUGGAGAGUGUCUUGACCCAAGAAGUCCUUCCUCUUGUCCUCCUAACAUGGAACUGAGGAUGUCUAAGAAAAUAAUUCCAAAUAAUUACCCUUCAAAUGUUAAGAAGCUUUUGUCCACUGGUAUAUUGGAAGGAGCUUGGGUUAAGUAUUUAUCUAUGUCCGGCGAGGAGCUUCCAGGAAUUAUAAAAAGCGGCGGAUACUUGUGUGGUUGCUGUGUUUGCAACUUCUCCAAAGUGGUUAGUUCCUAUGAGUUUGAACAUCACUCUGGUAGCAAGACAAGACAUCCAAAUAAUCACAUAUACUUGGAGAAUGGGAAGCCGAUUAAUAGCAUAAUUGAAGAACUCAAAAAUGCUCCUCUCAGCUCAGUGGAUACAGUGAUAAAGGCUAUUGCUGGUUCUUCUUUAAAUGAGGAAUACUAUCAGCGUUGGAAAGGAAUGAUAUGUGCUAAGAUAAGAAUAGAUUCCAACCAACACUUCAUCGAAAUAUCUUGGAGGCAUUGUUUCUUGGGUACCGGUACGAGUUAUGUAUGUACUGCGGUUGACAGUGAUCAAAGUGUGUUUUAUAUGUUCAAUGCGGCUCUAAAUUCUACUCGGCAUAUUGAAUUAUUUGUUGAGUAUUCGUCUGUUGGAAAUGCCUUAAUCCCACCAAUUGUUGAUCAUGGUGUUGGAUCAUCUACGAGGUUUGAACCUAUGAGCAUCGACUGCGGUAUGAAUGAGCAAACAGACGUUGCAGAUGUUGGAUUGAAUACUCAAGAGAAUGUACAAGAGCAUGCUGAUGUUGAUGUUGUACGAGGAGACCUUGAAGAUCCAGAAUUGUCGUCAUCAUCGUCUGAUGAUAUUUUAAGUGAUGAUUCCGAAACUGGCGACAGUUGGGAGUGGUUUUUGGAUCAUGUCAGAAUUCAUGUGGUGCAGUACGAAAGGGAGGUAUGCAUCAUUUCGGAUAGGCACAAAGGAAUCCUCAAGGCUAUGCGUUCAGAUGAAUGGAAAAAGCCGCCGAUAUGUCACCACAAAUUUUGUUUGAUCCAUGUGAGGAAAAAUAUCUUGACAAAACUAAAGGGUAAGGGAGGAAAAGCAAAAGGCAUGAUAUGGGCAUUGGGUGUCACAACUCAAGUACGCAAGUACGUGAGAAGGCGACGUGCACUACGGGAGGAAAGUCUUAUUGCGAUACACGAGCUCAACAAAGCCAAAAAAGAGAACUGGUCUCUUUGCUACGAUGAUGAACUGAGAUGGGGGGUGCCCUCGACAAACAUGUCAGAGAGCUACAACAACGUACUGAGAGGUGUAAGAGACUUGCCAAUAAGAGCUUUGGUUGAUCUGACAUUUUGGCGAACAGUUGAAUGGUGGGCAGAUAGAAAGACAGAAAUACAACAAAACCGAAGGCAGGUCAUCACCCAGAGGCAUCCUUGUCUGGUUGAUCAGCGCGGUCAUCAGCAAACCGCCUUGCUUUGUCUCUGUGGAAGAAUCUGGUAUCCAUCCCAACAGAUCGCGGCACUUGCUGGUCCAAUCUGGAAAGUUGUCAUGAUAGUCACAACCCGUGAAAACGACGCCAUCCGCCCUCAAGCCCCAGAUGGCUUGCACAUCUUCCAAGCAAGUCUCAUACACGGACAUGAUGUAGCCUGUGGAGAUAGCGCACACCAGUAUUGUGGCAUGUCGCACUCCACCAACUCUGCAAGACACUCUACUGAAGGCAUCACUUAUCCUGAUGCAUAUCUCCAUUCUAGUGUAACAACCUUUAAUCAGCAAGGCUAUGUAGAGGCCCUAGUUGAACAGAAGCAUCCAGUCAAGAAGCCAAGACAUAACCACUCUGGCUCUUUUUGGGAGCAUAAGAAGACCACAGAAGGUAGAAACAAAAAAAGGGACAACGAUUUGCACAAAUUGCUUUUUAUGCCGAAUGGACUGCCAGAUGGGACCAGUUUGGCUUAUUACUCUAAAGGAAAGAGGAUUCUUGGGGGUUACAAGCAGGGAAAUGGCAUAGUCUGUAGUUGUUGUAACUUUGAGAUUAGUCCAUCCCAGUUUGAGGCUCAUGCUGGGUGGGCAGCUAAACGUCAACCCUAUCGUAAUAUAUAUACAUCCUCUGGAUUAACACUUCAUGACAUAGCCUUGAUGUUGGCAAAUGGCCAAAGUCUUCCAUCUAGUGGAAGUGAUGAUAUGUGUGCAGUAUGCGGAGAUGGUGGUGAACUUAUUAUAUGCAAUGGAUGCCCUCGAGCUUUUCAUAUUGCUUGUUUAGAUUUAGAGUGUCUCACGGAAGAUGAAUGGUAUUGUCCACAUUGCAAGGAUAGACUAAGUUCUGGUAGAAAAGCAUCUGCAGAAUCAAGAGCAAUUAUCCUUAGACUAAAGAGAGUGGUAAAGGCACCAGAAUUUGAGCCUGGUGGCUGUAUCAUCUGCAGGUCACAGGACUUCAGUGCUGUGAAGUUUGAUGACCGAACAGUGAUAAUAUGCGAUCAAUGUGAGAAGGAAUAUCAUGUUGGUUGUUUACGUGAGUCUGAGAUGUGUGAUCUGAAAGAACUUCCUGAGGAUAAAUGGUUUUGUUGUGAUGACUGCUUUAAGAUUUUCGAAGCACUACAGACUUUGGCUUCUGGUGAACCUGAGAUAAUUCCAGCCGCAGUGUCAUCUGCAGUAUAUAAGAAGCAUGCAACAAUUGGUUUGAAUUAUAGGUAUAUGAAUGAGAUCCAAUGGUGCAUUCUGAGUGGAAAAAGUCGAGCUCAGGGGCAUCUAAUGUUGCUCUCUCAAGCUGCAGCAAUUUUUUGCGAAUGCUUUGACCCAAUUGUUGCAAAAUCUGGUCGGGAUCUUAUACCAGUUAUGGUGUAUGGAAGGAACAUAUCUGGGCAAGAGUUCAGUGGAAUGUAUUGUGUGGUUUUAAUUGUGAACUCUAUUGUUGUAUCAGCUGCUCUCCUCAGAAUAUUUGGAAAAGAUGUUGCUGAACUUCCAUUGGUAGCUACUGAUAGAGAAAAUCAAGGAAAAGGCUAUUUUCAAGCGUUGUUUUCUUGCAUUGAGAGAUUCCUAUCAUCUAUGACCGUGAAACAUCUGGUGCUUCCUGCUGCUGAGGAAGCUGAACCAAUGUGGACGAAUAAGUUAGGCUUCAGGAAAACGAGCCAUGAGAAAAGGCUGAAGUACACGAGAGACUAUCAGCUAACAAUUUUCAAGGGGACAUCCUUGUUAGAGAAGGAAGUACGUCCAUAGUGGACAAUUUUGGGAGAUAUGUUGAGUGCAGCAACUAGGCUAUUGAGUCUCACAUGUCACAUCCCACGAUGGAUACAUGGAUGUGCCGCAUUCAUCUGAAAGCACAAGUCUGCUAUGCAUGCGGCUUUCAUCCGAUGAUGAAUGGAUGAGGCACUCCACCUAUAUACAGAGAUAAGAGCGAACCUUCAUUGUGAUCAGGUAGUUGGAUGUUUUAGCAUUGUGGUAUGAUACUACUUCCUUCUUCCCUACAGAAACAGUAGUGAAUUUGUUGCAAAAAUUUAUCCAAGCAUGCUUACCCUUUUUAAUCGGCAUGCGGGAUAGCUAUAACCCCACACCCCUUUUCCUAUCCUGGUUAGGGAGGGAAAGGAUAUUGAUAUGAUGGCCAAGUGUUCUGUUUCAUUUCAUUUAUACAUUGACUGUGAGGA